GGGCUUUCUUGUAAACUCUAUAACUUUGGAAAGCAAGGUCGUGUAGAGCUGGGAGAUGCCUCGUUUUAAUCAGAAAUGUACGGACUACAAUUACGCCUCAUUGAGAAAGCUUUUGGUUGUUCUAUAGAGUUUCUCGAAAACUGGUUUUCUAGAAGACCGACCUUUGAAGGCCUAGCAGUAGCAUUCAUGGUGAUAUUCGGAAUCAGCAUCGUCGACUACCUAUGGUCCACUCGGUUUCGUUGAAAAAGCGAUUUAUCAGUUGGGAUACUUCCCUCGUGAGUGGAAAGUACCAGAUAAGAAUCAAGCGAAGGUCUAGAUAUAAUGCUGAUGACGAUGUUGCCGACUAGCGUUUCGGAAACAUUGUUGUGCGCAGAAGCUAUGUUUCAACGGCUUUCAUCACAUGAUCUUCAUUUAUUUCCACUGAUAGAGAUCAUUUUGAAAUAAGUUGCAAUUAUUUGAUAUUAUAGGUUAUUACACGUGGAAAUAAUGUUUACGGAAAAUAUCAGUAUACAGACAAAGUCAUACCCAAGUUUAUCACCGCCAUUUUAAAUGGUAAAAAAAUGACAAUACAUGGCGAUGGCAAGCAUGUGAGAAAUUUUAUUCAUGUUGAUGAUACAGUAGCAGCCAUAGAAUUGAUUCUAUGCAAGGGAAAACCAAAAAUGAUAUAUAAUGUUGGAUCAAAAGAUGAAAUGAAAGUUAUAGACAUUGCAGCUAUACUUUUGAAGUUUAUGAAGUCGAACUUUAGUAUUGAAGACUGCAUCGUAUACGUUAAAGAUCGCUGUUUUAACGAUUGUCGAUAUUCACUUGUCACCAGUGCGUUGGAAGGACUUGGUUGGAAACAAAUGGUGUCCUUUGAAGAAGGCCUACAACGCACAAUCGAUUGGUACACUACGCAUCCUAAUUAUUGGAAAAACAAGAGCAUUUAA